CAUACGCAACAAUGGCUUCAAACGCUCGCGACUUCUCAACGACAUACGCCUAUGAGCCUUUGCAAAGUCGCCGUCACAUACGUAUCUUGACGAUCAAUGAUAGCGAAGUCGAAAGCGACAUUAACCCAGUGCCUAUUUACAGCCUUGUCCAAGUAGAGUUGCCUAUUGACGAUGAACAACUCGACUUCGAAGCGAUAUCUGGUAUUGUGCCUAUGCCCAUUGAGGGUUGUUUCUUUUAAAGCUUUGCACUCAAGCGGCCUACUUGUUAGGACCUGGAACUGUGCUGACGCAUUGUAGUAUGCGUUCCAUCCUUUCUUACCUUCCAAGAAAUCUUGCGAAAAGACAUUGGCUAUCUACACCAGUUUCAGAACAGACACUGACUGUGUAUACCUAUCCUAAGUAUACCUGGGGCCACUACCACCGCAUCUCCGGC